AGCAGCUAGUUCGUUUUAAGACAGCACAGCGAUCGUUACAAACGCCACGAGCGUAACCACUUUGAUUUUCGAAGAGAAAAUACAUUUUGAUUUAUUAAAACGUAAAUGAAAAAGAAUUAAAUCGUUUCGUGAAUUGAAUAAUGCAGUGAAAUCAAUAAUUUUUUUUAAGUUUUGAAGUGAAAACACGAUUCAAUUAAAGUAAUUGACAUUGCCAAUAGAGCUGAUAAAGUGAAAACGAGCAACAUCAAAAUUGCUGACUUUGAGUGUAAAAAAGUGUUUGAUUUCUACAAUUUUUGUGACGAACAGUGUCCAUUUCUUCUGUGUAAGCCUUGUUUACAUGUUUUCCAUUAACAAGAAUUAAUUGCGGAAAUAUUGAAUUAAACAGAAUUUCAUGUGCUGACUCUUUCUCAAUAUCGAUUCAUACAAUCAAGUAUAAAGUGCCAACAAUCACAUAAACUACAGUUACUGAACCAAGUCAAUUGUGUAACGGAUUUACAUUUAAACACCAUACAUCAGAUAAAAUUAGAUGAAAAACGACGAAACACCGAAAACAACAAGUGUCUUUGUGUAACGAAUACAAGAGAGUAGAGCACAAAAUCUUACAGUGUAAAGAAGAGUACUUGAGCCGCAAAAACGAAGAAAAUGAUGAUGAGACAAUUGGCCGGAGUGACGGUGUUGGCAACAAUUGCCAUAAUGCUGAUGCAGAUCCAGUCGUCAACAGCUUGUAUGUGUAUGCCAAAACAUUCACAAUCAUGGUACUGCGAUUCAGAUUACGUAAUAUUGGCGAGAGUGUUGCGAAAGUCAAAUCAAAAGAUCAACUUUCAUGAUGUUUACAAAAUUGAAGUGAAGAAGGCAUACAAGAAAUCGCCACAAACCGACAGUUUCCUACGUGAAGGACGCAUACUAACGCCCGGAAUCGACUCGUUGUGCGGUGGUUUGAAUUUGAAAGUUGGCAAACUCUAUUUGAUUGCUGGCAAUUCACAGAUGAUCAACAUAUGUAACUAUGUUAAAGAGUAUUCCCAAAUGACAAUUGUCGAGCGAAGAGGUUUCGCCGGCGGCUACAAAAAAGGAUGUGUAUGUGAAAUCAAACCGAUGUUCCAAAUGGAAGGAUUCCAUCAAUCGAUUGGUGCAUGUAAUUGGCGACCAUUUACAAAAUGUGAAACUGACUAUGGCGCUUGUGUACCAGCACGCGGUCAUUAUACACCAGAAGGAAAACCACUGAAAUGUCAUUGGCGACCCAGCCAACCAUAUAACACGUGCAAAGCACGAUUAACAGAACGACGAGAUCAACUUUUCUAAGCAAACAAACAUCGACUCACACUCCAAGACAACCAUUUCUCAUUCAAUUUAUAUAUUUAACGCAAUCUUUUCAAUCAACCAUGUUGUCUCGAUGUUUUAUCAUAAUUUAAAUUGAAAGAAAAAAAACGAUGAGAAACUGCAUCAGCUAUAACCAGGUUUUUGUGUAAAAGCAGAUAAAUUUAAAUUUAGCACGUACUUAACACUCAAUCGAAUUCUCAAUGAACUGACGUUUUCCGGUAAAAUAUAUUUAUGUAGAAUGUAGCAUUAGUAUGAGUACAAAAAUAAUUAGAAUGAAAAUGUGAGUUAAAAUUGGUUAGCCAACAAAACAUUUGAAUAGAUAAAUGAAGCAAUUUGUUUCCUGCUUUUAUUUUUUUUUUCGUUCGUUUUACUAGAAAAAUGCAUACACAUGUGUUGGUUUACAGCUAUUCAGAUAUGUUCACAUGCGAAAAAUUCGAAACUAAAAAAACGAGUCGUUUGUUUUCGUUUGAGUUGAAGUUUUAAAUAUCCUGUUUGAAAAGUUUCCCAAUGGAUGUUUCAAGUACCAUAAAUUUUGGAAAAAGAAAAAUAACAGCUUGUCAACAAUGUUUUCGUUCUGCUUUCAAGGGAUUGAUAAAAUAAGAUGCAACCUUGUUGUUAUUUCGUAGAAAAAUCGAGAAAAAUAAAUCCAUCUAAUUUCUGUUUGAGUGACUGGCGCCUCUUGAACGUAUGCUAUAACAAUACACAACGAUUUGAAAUGCACUAACCAAUCAGAGAUUCAAGCUUCAAUUCAAUAUUUCUAUAAGACUCUUAUGCGAGUUUCGAAACAAUGUCAAAAGUCGAGUUCUUUUCUAUUUUCAAUUUCAAAAGUUAGUUUUUUUUUUAGUUAAAUGUAUACUAGAAUAGGAAAUUUGACUCACCAAUUCGCGAGCAUUGGGGAAAAAUGUUUGUUCAAUCAAUGGAAAAUUAUCCUUUCCGAGACGACGUUGUAAUUGUAACAAAUGCGCAAACACCCAUGGCUUGUCCUAUGGAAUAACAAGAGUCGAAAUUCAAUUAUUUGUCUAUUAACAGAUUUGUAUGUUUUUCAAAAAUUAUUUAUCUUCAUCAUGCUCAUUUGAGUUUUGUAACAAAAUACAAAAAAAAACCAAUCGGAUUAUUUAUGAAUAAGAGUAACUUGUUUUGAAAAAAAGAAUAUUAAGUUGAUUUUAUGGAAUUCAUAUAUAAAUAAAUACAUCAAAAUUACCUGAAAUUGA